AUGGUGGCCGUCCACCAACCAUCAGACACCAACCUGAUGAGUGACAUGACACUCAUCAGUGAACAAGACUGUUUGAAAAUUAGUCUUCAUGUAUUUCUGGGCUCACUGGAGCCGCUUCUGCUUCUCCCAGAGUCCAGUGCUGUCUGUGUGAAGACGGAAGAUUCCUCACUGCUUCAACAUAAACAAACUGAGCACAGAGAGGAAACACAGGGAGAGGACAUCAGCACAGAGCCACAUUUACACUCAGAGACUGAGGGACACACGGACCACUCCUCUGACACUGACAAUGAUGAAGACUGGAGAGCUCCAUUCAGCUGUUCAUCUGCACAGAUGGAGACAGAGGCUGAUGGAGACCACUGCAACCAAGUCCAGAUCAGAGCCAGAAGCAUUGCUGCACCAAACUCAGGUCUAUCCCCCAAAUACAAGUCUGCACCAGAGACCAGUGCCUCUGUGAACUAUGGAGACAUGUCAGGAACAGCCCAAGGAGCUGACAAGAAGAAACACCAGUGCUCUGUGUGUCAGAAGAGGUUUGGGACUAAUCAGAUUUUACAACGACACAUUAGAGUUCACACAGGAGAGAGACCAUUCAGCUGUUCAACAUGUGAGAAAACAUUUACCGUAAAGAGUCAUCUAGACAGACAUAUAAAAUUACAUACAGGAGAGAAACCUUUCAGCUGUUUAAUCUGUACGAAAACAUUUGCCCAAAAAUCCGGUCUAGAUUACCAUAUAAAGAUGCACACAGGAGAUAAACCAUUCAGCUGUUCAAUCUGUGAGAAGACAUUUGUCACAAAGUGUAAUCUAGAUAAACACACGAGAACACACACAGGAGAGAGACCAUUCAGCUGUUCAACAUGUGAGAAAACAUUUGCCGUAAAGAGUCAUCUACAUAGACAUAUAAAAUUACAUACAGGCGAAAGACCAUUCAGCUGUUUAGUUUGUAUGAAAACCUUUACCCAAAAAGCAGGUCUAGAUUACCAUAUAAAGAUGCACGCAGGAGAUAAACCAUUCAGCUGUUCAACCUGUGAGAAAACAUUUGUCACAAAGUGUAAUCUAGAUAAACACGUGAGAACACACAUGGAGAAACUAUUCAACUGUUCAACUUGUAAGAAAACAUUUAUGCGAAAGGAUCUUCUAGAGCAACAUGUAAAUAUACACACAGGAGAAAAACCUUAUAGCUGUCCAACCUGUAACAAAAAAUUUACCCAUAAGGCUUGUCUAGGUGCACAUUUGAGAAUACACACAGGUGUACGACCUUACAGCUGUUCAACAUGUGAGAAGACGUUUAUCACAAAGGGUAUGCUAGAAAAACAUGUGAGAACACACACAGGAGAUAAACCAUUCAGCCGUUAAGUAUGUAAGAAGACUGUUUCUCUAACGGACCCACCGACAUGAACAUGACUUUGACUUUGACAAUACAUUUAUUAUGUCACUUGUCAGUAAAGAA